CACACACACACACACACACUUUGAAGCGGCUCCAUUCAUUAGAGUGUUUGAGCAGCAGACGGUCAAAAGCAUCCCGUCUUCUAACUUGCUCUCACUUUUUUCUUUGCCUUUUUUUUUGUGUGUUUGUCCACUCCGACUCCUUCUUGUGUGCGUGUUGCCGCGGAGAGCAUGCACGGCGACGACGAGCGCCGCCGGGACUCCACAGCGACCGGGGGCGAACGAAGCGGCCACCGGCACGCAGUCUACCGAUGCACUUUGUAUUUAUUGCUGCUGAGCUUGGACGCGCAGAGGAGCCGCGCCGCCGCGGGGCCGCCGGACUCGGAUGACUUUGCGUUCUUCCACGAGGGCAGCCAGGGUUGCCUGGGGGUGCGGGCUCACUCCCUGGUCCUGUCCACGUCCUGUCAGGAGGCCAGCCAGCGCUGGAAGUGGGUCACCAGGGGCCGCCUCUUCAACCUGGGCUCCUCGCUGUGCCUCGGCCUGACCACCGAGAACGCCACCGCCGGCGGCGCGGGGCGCUCCCCUCUUAGCGUUUACACCUGUGACCGCGAGCCCCCCAAGGUGCGCUGGACCUGGCGAUGUGGCCAAGUGCUGGAAAACCUCAAUAACUACCUGCCGUGGCCCUCGUUUUGGAACGCCUCCACGGCCUCGGCGCCGUCCAAGUGGUCUCUGCACGGCGGUGUGCAGGACUUGUGCGCCAAAACAUACCGCGAGAUCUACACCAUCCAGGGCAACGCUCAAGGCAGCCCCUGCUACCUUCCCUUCCUGUACGAUGGACAGUGGUUUCACAGCUGCACCAGCAUCGGCCGCGAGGACGGCCACUUGUGGUGCGCCACCACAUACGACUACGCUGCAGACGAGCGUUGGGGCUUCUGUCCCGUCAAGAGCGGCGGCUGCGAGACGUUCUGGGACACGGACCCCCUGACAGACAGCUGCUACCAGUUUAACUUCCAGGCCACGUUGUCGUGGAACGAGGCCCGCAUUAGCUGCCAGCAGCAGGGGGCCGACCUUCUCAGCAUCACCAAGCUGCACGAGCAGACCUACAUCAAUGGCUUUUUGACAGGCUACAGUGCCGCCUUGUGGCUCGGCCUCAAUGACCUGGACAUCAACGGCGGCUGGCAGUGGGCUGACUCCUCGCCGCUCAAAUAUAUCAACUGGGAACGAGACCAACCAAACCACGAAGACGAGGAGAACUGCGUGGUGAUCAGGACAGAGUCGUCGGGUCGUUGGCAAAAUCGCGACUGUUCCGACGCCCUUCCGUACGUGUGCAAGAAGAGGCCCAACGCCACCCUGGACCCUUUCACCACUGACUCGUGGGCCGACGACGAGAAGUACGAGUGCGACGUAGGCUGGCAGGCCUUCCAGGCGGGCUGCUACAAGAUGACCGCGGAGAAAAGUGACUGGGAGGCGGCGCUCAAGACGUGCCAGAAGUUGGAGGGCAACCUGGCCAGCAUCCACACGCUGCCCGAGUUGGAGUUCAUCUUGCGCAACAUCAAGAAAGACACGGAGCAGCUGUGGAUCGGCCUCCACGACACGGCCAUGCAGAUGGACUUCCAGUGGAGCGACCACACCCCUGUCAUCUUCACCCACUGGCACCCCUUUGAACCCAACAACUUCCGCAACACCCAGGAGGACUGCGUCUCCAUGUGGGGAGUUUCGGGUCGCUGGGACGACAGCCCAUGUAACAUAACGCUGCCCGCCAUCUGCAAGAAGGCCGCCACGAAGAGUGACGGCAAACCUCGACUGCAAGACUGCAAACAAGGCUGGAAGUGGCACAGUCCAUCUUGCUACUGGGUAUCGGAGGAUCUGCUCACUUUUGCCGAGGCCAGGAAGUCAUGUGAGGACAACAAGGCCACACUCCUAACCGUCACCAACAGGUUUGAACAGGCCUUCGCCAACAGUCUGGUAUUCGGUCGUACCGGAGAUUUCUUCUGGAUCGGCCUCCAUGAGCAAGGCAGCCCCGCCUCCUUCCACUGGCUGAGCGGGGACAAAGUGUCCUACACUAACUGGAACCGAGACCAGCCAGUCGGUGGCCGAGGAGGCUGCGUCACCAUGGCGACCGGCUCGGCGACCGGCCUGUGGGAGGUGAGAGAGUGCACGGCGUCCAAGGCUAAGUACAUUUGCCGUCAGAACAAGGACACCGCCGUGAGCCCCGACCCCCCCGCCCCGCAGCCCACGCCCAGCCUGAGCGGCUCUUGUCCUAACGGCUGGAAGAGCAACAGCAACCUGCGGUACUGCUACAAGGUGUUCCACUCGUCACAGCUGGAGCAGAAGAUGAGCUGGCUGCAGGCUCACCUGUUCUGUCGCAAUCACGGCGCCAACCUGCUGAGCAUCAGCGCCCCAGAGGAGGAGCACUUUGUCCUCCAAGUCCUGCAUGAGACUUUUGGGGAAUCGGAAGACCACGAGCAGCACUGGUUUUGGAUCGGGCUGAACCGCAGGAACCCGAUGGACGACGGCAGCUGGAAGUGGAGCGAUGGACUUGCUCUGACGUACCAGAACUUUGGCCGCUACUACUACAACAUCAGGCAGUGCGCUGCGGCCGACUUGGGCUCCAUGACCUGGCUGGCCAUGCACUGCGACUCUGAACUGGACUGGAUCUGCAAGAUCCCGAGAGGUAGCGUUGAGAAAGAACCGGAAGCUUCUGAAGGCACGCGUUCGCCGGAAUGGAUUAGCUUCCGGGAGGCGGAGUACAAGUUCUUUGACCACCGCACCACGUGGGACCAGGCCCAGCGAAUUUGCUCCUGGUUCGACUCCUCGCUGGCCUCCGUCCACUCGGCGCAGGAGGAGAAGUUCCUGGCCAGCACGCUAAACCAGAUGGUGAAGGUGGAGGGUGACAACUGGUGGCUGGGCCUUCACACCUACCACGAGGACGGCCGCUUUCGCUGGUCCGACCACUCUGUGCUCAACUACGUGUCUUGGGCCAGCGGGAGGCCACGCCCACUCAGCUAUGACCGCAGAUGUGUGCACAUGACCGCCAGUAAAGCAGAAUGGGCGGAACAGAAGUGCCCCUCAGACCUGCCAUAUAUCUGCAAAAGGGUUAACGUCACCGGCACUGCCCCCCCGACACCAUCACCUCCCCACCCGCCGUCCGGCUGCCCUGACGGGUGGACCUCAUAUCAGCGCAAGUGUUUCAGAAUAUUUGAUCAGUCUCAGCGGGCCACGUGGUCUGCAGCCAAAAUCAAAUGUGAGUUGCAAGGAGGCGUCCUGGCGGUGUUGUCCAAUCACCUGGAGCAAGCUUUCGUCACCACCAUGCUGUACAACACCACCAUCCCUCUCUGGCUGGGCCUGACGUCGGACGCUAAAGGACACUUCCAGUGGGCUCAGGCCGGCCUGCUCAGUUACACCAACUGGGCUCCAGGACAGCCCGUGGACAACAGCGGGCCGCACCACGACAAGACCCCGGGAAACUGCGUGGCCUUGAUUCACGGGAACCCUCAGAAGAACAAAGGCAUGUGGGCAUCACGGGCCUGCGAGGCGGAAAGUACCGGCUUCCUGUGUCAGAAGCAACAAGAUCCGGGUCUGCCUGCGGCGCCAGAUCUCAUUCCAACCCCGCUGUCCAAGCGCUUGGACCUGGGCGGCAUCACCUACCAGCUGGUGGAGAAACGCCUGGACUGGGCAGGCGCUCUCCAUCUGUGUAAUUCUCUAAACGGAACCUUGGCGGCGCCUCGGGACCCCGUCCAGCAGGCGUACCUGACGCUGCUCAUCAACAGCUUGAGGCGGCCGGCAUGGAUCGCGCUCUACAACUACGGAGGGCGCCGCUUCUCCUGGCUGGGCGAAGAGGAAUUGUCUUAUUCUAACUGGGUGGAGGGACAGCCCAAUCAGCUGUCAGGCUGCGGUCACAUGACCACCACCGGCCUGUGGACCAUGACGCCGUGUGACGCGAAACUGGACGCUGCUAUUUGUCAACUCAGCGACGAGCAGGUGUCCCACCAGUGGAUCUACCCAGGAAGUUGUCCUCGUGCUGUGGGCGAGUGGGCGUGGGUGUCCUUCAGGAACCAUUGCUACGCCUUCAACCUGCAGAGGAUGAAACUCCAACAAGAUGCCCGCGCAUCCUGCGAAAAUGUGGGAGCCGAGCUUCUCUCAAUCUUGGACGAGACGGAGAACGCAUUUGUGUGGGAGCACAUUCAGAGUUAUUCCGACCAGGCGCACGGAGCCUGGCUGGGAAUCAGCGUCAAAGGUCGAGGUUUGGUGUGGAGCGAGGAAAGCGAGAUGUCCUACACCAACUGGGAAGCUCACGACGUCGCUUUCUCCGUCCUCUCGCCAAACUCCUGCUUCUGGAUUCAGAGCAACAGCGGACUGUGGAAGCCUGGCUCGUGCAGGAAUCGAACCCACGGCGUCAUCUGCAAGCGACCAAGAACGAUAGAGUCCUUGUCGGAAUCAUCGGCCGCCGACCACCUGCCCACGCUGAUCGUCGUCAUAGUGACGGGCGUGGCGCUGGCCGUGCUGAUCGUCGGCGUCAUCUACUUGUACCGGCGGCGAGGCCUGGGCUCGCGGGGGUCCUACGAUGGCGCUCGCUACAGCCGCACCAACAGUGGCCAAGGGGAGCAGACGGAGAAGAACAUCCUGGUGUCGGACAUGGAGCUCAACGAGCAGCCCGAGUAGAAACGCUCACGCUCAGACUGGACAUUUUGAUGUUUUUUGGGACAUUUUUAUUUUUUUUAAACCCCCCCCCUAAAAAAAAAGGAAUUGAAAAGCUGUGUAGAACGCAGCAGCUUCAACAAUGCAAGUUCUCACACGUCCUCUUUUACUUUAACUUUUAGGUCCACUUCCUGUCUCGCUUCCAACGAGAAGGAGGAGGAAAAGGAGAAGGUCCACAAAUAAAGUGAGCGUGAAUCUUAAAAAAAAAAAAAAUCAUAAAAUGAUCAUUGUCCAUUUUGGCACUUUUUCUCGGACUUUUUACGCUCCAAUCGCUUUCACUUUUUUACUGCGUCUCGUGUAUGCAUUGGCUUCCAACUGGAGCUGACUCAGCAGUUUUUUCCCCCGUCUUAAACAGCCUCCCUCCCCAUUUUUAUGCACCUCUUUUCUUUCUUUCUGUUGGGAAACUUGUCUUCCUUUUCCACUGCCCCAGGAAGGAGACCCCCCACAGACCCCCCAAUGUGCAGGACACCAAAAUGUAAAUACACACACACAAAAAAAAACCCUCCACUAGUUUUUUUUUGUUUUUUUUGCUACCCCCCAACAAGCAGAUUUUGGAGCAUUAGAGUGAUUUUCUGCAGGAAUGCUUUGGAGCUCUUUUAGGUAUUUUUUUUUUGGGAGGGAGGGGGGACCAACAUGCAAGUGUGUGUGUGUGUGUGUGUGUGUGCUGUCUCCAGCUGUGGAAUGUUGAGUCGACAAGAAGAAGCCCAGUGGCACGUCUGGAACCAAUCAGAAAUUAGAGAGGGAGGGGGGGAAAGGUGGGAGUGGGGCGCUCUGGGACAUGAGGGGUCAGAUUUUAGGAAAAAAAAAAGGGGGGGGGGGUGGAGAGAAAGGUUGAAAGAAGAAUAAGAAGAAGAGGAGGUGAAUAUGGGGAUGAAGGUGAGGAGUCAAGGGUGCAGCGGAAAGAAGCAAACGGGCGCCCUCUGGCGGACGUUUGCUGCACUAGCGCCUCAUGCGAUGCGAGUUACGCAACAUUGAUGUUGACUGACAAUCCCCACUCGGCUGUCUCCAUCAGACUACGUGGCAACCCUGUGAAUAUGACCGGAAGUCUUAGCUUUUCUUUUUUUUUUUUGUUCGUUUUUAAGGCAACGUUGUAGCCGCCUUCUUUUUUUUUUUUUUUUUAAAUAUGAAUAAAAAGUUUUUAUGUUC